UGCUUUCUUCUUGCAGACCUGCCACUCAGAGAAAUAAGAAAUGGCGUCAACUGCACACUUCUCGGAGGAGGAGAUGGCAGAGCUACAAGAGGCUUUCAGCAAAGUCGAUGUCAGUGGGAAUGGCUUCAUCCACGCCAAUGAUUUAACAGACGUGUUGAAGGCAGCCAGUCUCCCUCUCCCAGGAUAUAAAGCCAGAGAACUCAUUCAGAAUUUGACAACCACGGGGGAUGGCAGGAUCAGUUUUGAUGAAUUUAUUUCAAUUUUCCAAAACUUGAAGAGUGACGAUGUUGCUAAGUCGUUCCGAAAGCAAAUCAACAAGAAGGAGGGGAUCUGUGCUAUCGGUGGGACAUCCGAGCAGUCCAGUGCUGGCACACAACACUCUUACUCAGAGGAAGAAAAGUAUGCCUUUGUCAACUGGAUUAAUAAAGCCCUUGAGAAGGACCCUGAUUGUAAGCAUGUGGUCCCAAUGAAUCCAGAAACAGAUGACCUCUUCCAGGCGGUUGGUGAUGGCAUAGUGCUUUGUAAGAUGAUCAAUUUCUCAGUGCCAGAUACCAUUGAUGAGAGAACAAUCAACAAAAAGAAACUCACACCCUUCACAAUACAGGAAAAUCUGAACCUGGCCCUGAACUCUGCUUCAGCCAUUGGGUGCCAUGUUGUUAACAUUGGAGCUGAAGACUUAAAAGAAGGGAAACCUUACCUGGUGUUGGGUCUUUUAUGGCAAGUCAUUAAAAUUGGACUCUUUGCUGACAUUUGGGGUUCUUCAGUCAGUAGAAGAGAAGCCUUAAUUGCUCUUCUGAGAGAAGGAGAGAGCCUGGAGGAUCUGAUGAAGUUGUCUCCAGAAGAACUGCUGCUGCGAUGGGCAAACUAUCACCUGGAGAAUGCAGGAUGCAACAAAGUCAGCAACUUCAGCUCAGACAUCAAGCAGCCUGACUUCUACAGCAUUAUAAAGGACUCGAGAGCUUAUUACCAUCUGCUGAACCAGGUUGCCCCCAAGGGAGACGAAGAAGGCGUUCCGGCUAUUACUAUUGACAUGUCGGGAUUAAGGGAGAAGGAUGACGUCCAGCGAGCAGAGUGCAUGCUGCAGCAGGCGGAGCGGCUGGGCUGCCGGCAGUUUGUCACAGCCACCGACGUCGUGCGGGGAAACCCAAAGCUAAACUUGGCCUUCAUCGCCAACUUGUUCAACAAAUACCCUGCCCUGCAUAAGCCAGAGAACCAGGACAUCAACUGGAGCUCUAUUGAAGGUGAGACAAGGGAAGAGAGGACGUUCAGGAACUGGAUGAACUCUCUGGGUGUUAACCCACGUGUAAAUCAUUUAUAUAGUGACCUGUCAGAUGCCUUGGUCAUCUUCCAGCUCUAUGAAAAGAUCAAAGUGCCAGUAGACUGGAACAGAGUGAACAAACCACCAUAUCCUAAACUGGGUGGCAACAUGAAGAAGCUUGAAAAUUGCAACUAUGCAGUGGAACUGGGAAAGAAUCAAGCCAAAUUUUCCCUUGUUGGCAUCGCUGGGCAAGAUCUGAAUGAAGGAAACCGUACACUCACGCUGGCCUUAAUCUGGCAGUUGAUGAGAAG